AUCUCUCUUUCAUUCUGCUUGUGGAUCUUUUUUCCUUUUUUUUUCUGUUUUAUUUUGCUUCUCGUAACUCCUUGAUGUUGUUUAUUUUCUGAAAAUUCUGGAUGGCAAUUUUACAUAGGGUUCGGUUAAAAUAAAAGUUUCCAUUUUCUACCAGAUGCCAUGUUAAUUUAAAAGAGUUUGUUUUUGAGGUUUUUAGACAUUAUAUUGACGUUUAGAACUCUUUUUUCAACGGCUUAUGAUGUUAUGAAGAAAUGGACCGAAUAUCUGCUCUGCCAAAACAUAUACUUCAUGACAUUCUUGCAAGGUUGCCAGAAAAAGAUGCUGCUAUGACUAGUGUUUUGUCAAAUGAAUGGAGAGACACAUGGUAUUCAUUUCCCAUAUUAUCCAUUUGCGACAGAAUUAUUAUUGGUUCUUAUAGUCCUCAGAUAAUUAGCAAACUAGACAAACUAAUUGGCUAUGUCACGAGAAGAUUGUUGAAGCUUCGUGAGCAAAGCUUAACAACAAAAGUAUUUAAGCUCGACAUGAGGCCAGAACACAAUAACUAUAUGUCCCAUCAUUUUGAUCUUUGGAUGAACAUGGUUAGCGAAAAUCGGGUGGAAGUACUUGAGCUUUGCCUCCUCUACUUUGCCCCCUAUCUUGUUCGACAAUAUGACUUACCACGUUGUGUCUUUGAAGUUAGAUCUCUUACUAAGUUGGUGUUGAAAGGAAAAAUAACACUUAACCAAUCAUUCUUCAAUCAUUCUAUCAAGUUAUUUUCACUGAGAACACUAUGUUUACGUGAGCUACUCGUUGAAGAUAAAGGAAUUAUUGAGCAUCUCAUUUCUCACUGUCCCCUGCUUGAAGAUUUAACUGUAUAUUGUUGUUUAGUAUAUAACAGGAAGAAUCCAUUUGAAAACGAAAAAUUUGUGGAAUCAUUAUUCUUGCAUGGUCUACAAAAGCUAAAGGAAGCUGAAAUUCAAGGAAUAAAAGAGGUAUAUAUUGAUGCUCCAAAUCUUGAGAACUUAUGUUAUGCAUAUGGUCCUUUCUAUAAUUUAGAAGUUCCCCUCAAGUUGAAUUUAGACAGUUUCACAAGAUUGAGAUGUUUGCGGCUGAGGAACUCCAGUAUUACAGAAAAGUGGUUACUUGAUCUAUUUCAUAAAUUCCCUUUCCUUGAGCAUUUGGAAUUGUGUUCUUGCAAUAUGUUAGAGAGAAUUAAUAUUUCGAGUGCUCAACUCAUGAUCUUGGAGGUUAACUCUGACUUGAAGGAGGUGAAUAUUGAUGCUCCAAAUUUAUUAUCAUUUGACUAUUGCGGAGAUCACAGAGCUAUUAUAUCUUUCCUAACAAGUUCUGAUCAUUUGGUAUUCAAUGCCUCUCCUGUCCAUGAAUUUAGGCAUGGUUAUUAUAGCUUGAGGGAAUUUAUCCAAAACAUUAAACCACAAAAGGUUUUGGCAUCACUCUCCCUCUCUGUCUAUCAUUCGAAUGGGAUUGAACAGAAUUGUCUGAGUAUACAGCAAGUUUCAUCCAUUCCUCCUAGUAUCAAAUGCUUGGAAUUGGACUCUUCUCCAAAUGAGGAUGAGGAUCUUUAUUUCCAUUAUAUGAAUUGGUUGCUCUCUUGUUGCUGUCCAAAAACUAUUUCAUUCUUCUUUCAGUAUGAUUAUGGCAUGAAACCAUUCACUGUGUUUGUCUAUGAGUUGCUGAUGGGCAGAAAAAAGCAGGAGUGGUUUGACCAUUUUGGUGGUACAAAGUGUUGGUGGCAUGACUUGAAGAUUGUCAAGGUCACAUACUCUUUUAACGUUGACGAGAAGCUUGACUUUAAGAACGCGGUAAAUGCAAUAUUAUUGUCAACUGAUGACCGGGAAUCUGUUAGUUUUAGCUUAGAAUUGUAAUAUUCUUGUUAUCAACUUUUACACAUUCCUAAUUAGAUUUACAAUUUUGGUGUUACCACUAAGCAAGAUUUGGGUAUUGUAUUGAGUUUUUUUUUUUU